GAAGAAUGUCAUUUGAUAUAGAUAGACAGGGGAUGAGGCAGGAGGGGGAACUCCCGAGAAUCCAUCCGAGUGAGAACUGCGGGAAUAGAUAGAAAAGCUGUAGUGUCCGAGCUUUGCAGCGAAACCAGAAUGGUUUAAUGUAUAGAGAGAGAGCUUGUGGUAUUAUACUGCCAUCCAGAGGUUAUGAUUGGAAUUACAUCAUUGACUUGAGUGAAUCAGGGUAGAAUCUAUGAAGUUAUUAUGAUUAAAAUCCUUGUCUAUGUAGAACAACAUUUGCUUAUUCCUUUAGAUUUGAAUAAUAAAUAUUCUAGACGUGUUUAGGACAGAUAGUCAUGAAUAUAAAUAAGUUAACGCAGUAUUUAGAUGUCAUGGUUCGGCGCGUUGAAUUCGUCUCUGCAGUUGUGAAAGCGCAGCAACAGGAAGCCGGAAGAUUGCAGUGCUGGGGAGCAGAGCACGCAGAGCCUGCUGAAGCUGCCUGGUCACCAUGACGACUUACCACUCCCCGCAGUCACUCAAUAAGGGCGUUGCCGUGGUAACCAUAGUCUGUGAGGCGCCGGUGGAAAAGUUACAGUACAAUAGUGUCAUUGGAGAAUGUUGUGACCAGUCGAGUCACGAGCCGCCAUUGGUUAAAAAUUGAGUUUAGAAUUGGCUGGAUACGUCUUUAAAAGGUUGAACGUAGCUGAUGGAGGUCCAGGGCAGGAUCUUCUGAUGGAAUGGUAAUUGUGCUGGCUCUGUGGGAGCGGGGGAGGGGCGUCUGAUUGCAGGCGAGGAGUAAAGAAAGAUUCCGCCGACAAAACUUCGUAGUAGAAUUAAAUAGAGCUAAGGUAAGGCAAUCGCAGACAACGGGAAUGUCGAUGUCAUGUCGAAGGAGCUUGAAAGUUUAACGGCGGACCAGACUUUCUGAUAAGGUUGCAGACAAGUUGAGUAAUGAAGCUGCGCUUUGGACGGCUAUGAUGCCGAGGUGGAGACUGGAUGGAACAGGAAAGAGAAGCUGAAUGAAAAGAAAGAUCACCUGAGCAGACUGGACAGAUACAGACCCAAACAUCGGUCACAAAGAGACCGGUUAAGUUUGGAGGGACACAUUUACUUCGAUGAUGCUUUUAUUGAGGAGACCAAUGAACAAUCAGGAAAGAAGACCCUAUACGCAAAUACACAUGUAGAGCUCCUAGUGAGGGUUAUAGAAGAAGUAUUCAGGAGUUUUGGUAGCAGUAAGUACUCUAUCUUCGAUGAACAUAAGCGCCUCUCUGAUACUGGGGAACAGAAAAUCAUGAGUACUCCUUACGGGGGUCGAAUCUGUUAUGUCCUUCCAAAUGGCAACCACUUGUACAUCCACUUAAAAGAUAAACUUCGGAUACGUCACAAAAAGAGAUGGUCACAGGUCAUGUAUCUUUACUAUCUGCUUGGCUGGAAGCUUACCAGAAAAUAUCUUAUCCGGCAGGACAGUGAAGACCAUAAAAUCUUGGAACAACAGCUGAAGAAAGAGAAACAAAACACCUACAUUCUGGCCUUGGAUGGUGACAUGAACUUCCAGCCAUCAGCUUUAAUGCUCUUGAUUGACCGUCUUAGAAUGUAUCCCACAGUAGGAGCUGCCUGUGGAAGAAUUCACCCAACAGGGUUUGGUCCAACAGUCUGGUUUCAGAAAUUUGAGUACGCCGUGUGUCACUGGUUUCAGAAGACAGCCGAGCAUGUUUUUGGAUGUGUGCUCUGCAGUCCCGGCUGCUUCAGUUUGUUCAGGGGAGCUGCCCUGAUGGAUGACAAUGUAAUGAAGAAAUAUGCUACGAAAGCCACAGAGGCAGCCCAAUAUGUGCAAUAUGAUCAAGGUGAGGACCGCUGGCUGUGUACUUUGCUUCUACAACAAGGCUGGCGAAUAGAGUACACUGCAUCUUCUGAUUCCUACACGAAUGCCCCUCAGGAGUUUAAAGAGUUUUACAACCAAAGGCGGCGCUGGGGACCCUCAUCUUUG